AUGCCGGGUUGUUGUGUGCCGCAGUGCACCAACCACCCCAGAAAGGGAUGGAGAAUGUUUCAGUUCCCGAGGGACCCCAAGAGAAGGCUGCUUUGGACAGUAAAGACCAAGCGCGACAAGUGGCAACCGACAAACACAUCGUGCAUGUGCAGCGCUCACUUUGAACCAAGCAGCUUUGAACAGCAUCGUUCAGAUGGAUGGAAAAAGCCGAAGCCGAAUGCAGUUCCAACUCUUUUUUCAUUCAAACCUUUACCUAAGGAGCGAAAAGCACCGAAGGAGAGAGCGGCUUCAGAGAUCUCGCUCUCAAAUGGUAAAUCAGAUGCGACCCCCGUGGAAGCAAGCAGCUCGUCAUGUGAAGGAAUAACGCUAUCUGAGACCACGGAGCAGUCUCAAUUCAGACCUCCGCUUCAGGAAAAUACAUCCGAAAUGGACUCGUUCCAGGUCAGCAAUGUCAUUGCUGAGUGUCCACAGCAGGUUCAGGAUGCAGACAGGAGAGAGCAAGCCGGCGAACCUAGUGGGACCCAGACUGCUUCCUCGUAUUCUGCAGAGCUGAAGAAGCAGCUAGUGGACAUCACGAGGAAAUACACAGACCUUCAGGACCAUCAUGCUGCCGCCAGAAACAGUAUUAAGGGCCUCAAAAAUCAAGUUCAGAGGCUUGAAAGCGAAAUCAGGAAUUUUUCAAAAAAUGUCAAGUUCCUGAAUAAAGAUCAGCUCCGUGCUUCUGUCUAG